CUCGCCAUCUCUCUCUCUCUCUCUGUCUCCCUGUGUCUCUCCCUCUCUCUGUUUGUCUCUCUCUCUCUGUGCCCCCCGAUCCCAGUUCAGAGUUUGUUAGUUGCUUUGAGGAUUUGCAUCGACUGGAAUUGAAGGAGUUAGUUUGGACAGAUGAACCUCUGAGACAAAGGUUGUCAGGAUGCAGCUUCCCAGGUGGUUGCUAGGGGCCUGGCUGUGGUUGCUAUGUAUUACGGAGGUCUGGACAGCAACCUUUAAACUGGCUCUGAUUGGUCCAUGGUCAUGUGACCCCAUGUUCUCCCGGGCGAUGCCAACAGCAGCGGCCAACCUGGCGUUGUCACGGCUACGGAGUGACAGUGGCCUAAGCAGAGGAUACUGGUAUGAUGUCAAACUGCUGGAUGAGGACUGCUCCGCCUCCAAAGCUCUGACAGAACUCGGGGACAUGGAGGGUUACGGUCACGCCUACAUUGGCCCUUUUAACCCCGCCCUCUGUCAUGCUGCCUCCUUAUUGGCUCAGCAUUGGGAGGCAGGGCUGUCUUCUCCAGGCUGUCUGGAUGCUGAUUGGCCGAACCUGCCACCCAUCACACCACCCAGCAGAAUCUUGUUCACCAUAUUCAGGUUUUUCCGCUGGGCGCAUGUUGCUGUCAUCUCAGCUCCAUCCGACCUUUGGGAGAGCACUGGACAGGAAGUAGCCUCUGCGCUCAGAGCUCUGGGUCUGCUGAUUGGUCCAGUGGUUACCAUGGAAACAAGGAAAAAUGGUGGGCCCCAGGAGGCGCUCAGAGUGAUCAGAGAGGCUGACAAGGUCAAAGUGGUCAUCAUGUGCAUGAGCUCUGUCCUGAUUGGUGGAGAGGAUCAGAGAGAGCUCCUAUUGGCUGCUCUGGAUAUGGGGAUGGUUUCUGAUGGUUAUGUGUUUAUCCCAUACGACGCCCUGCUGUACGCCAUGCCGUACCAGGACACAGUAUUCCCUCAGCUGACCAAUAGCACACAGCUUCGUCACGCCUACAGCUCCGUUCUGACCGUUACCAUGGCGUCCGACCAGAGUUUCUACGAAGCUUUUCGUCAGGCUCAAAUGACCCGAGAGAUCCGCUCUGCUGUUUCUGCAACUGAGGUGUCACCGAUCUUUGGCACCAUCUUUAACAUGGUGUACUUUGUUGCUAAGGCGGUGGAGGAGCGCCGUCAGUCGGGCGGCGGGCACUGGGUGGCGGGCAAUCAACUCUUCCAAUCUGAUGGAGGCUUUAAUUUCCAGGGCUUCAAUCAGGUGUUGUACGGAGGUAAAGAGGGGCGGGGCUUGCAGGCCAGGUACAUGGUGUUGGACAGCGAUGGCGACCGACUUGUGCCGACACACUCGCUCGCUCCAGCACACACUGAUGGGACGCUCGGAGGUCUGAGGCCACUGAGUCACUCCUUCAACUUCCCCGGAGGAAAACCCCCCACUGCCAGUUUCUGUUGGUUCAGUCCAGAGGAGGCCUGCACUGAGGGUUUGAGCACAGUGACGAUGUUGUUUGUCUUCCUGUUGUUCUGUGCUCUGAUUGGAGCUUUUUUCUACUGGAUCAGGAAGUACAAGAGAGCAGCGACUAUCACCAAACUCAUCCUGACUCUGGACGAUAUUGUCUUCAUCGACACUCAAGUCAGCAGGAAGAAACUGAAUGACGAGUCAAUCAUGAGAAGUCUUCUGGAAAUUAAAACUCCAAUCCGCUCGAUUGCUCGAAGUUACAUCCUGACAACACCUGAAAGCUCCAACAUUGGAAUACUGGAGGGCGACUGGGUUUGGCUGAAGAAGAUACAUGUUGGAAAGACAAUAACAGCCAUCAAUCAAAAAACCCAGAGUCUGUUCAGCCAGUUGAGGGAGAUGCGACAUGAGAAUCUGAACCUGUACUUGGGUCUGUUUCUGGACUCGGGGAUCUUUGCUCUGGUGGUGGAACACUGUCCUCGAGGAAGUCUGGCCGACCUGCUGGCCGACAGCAAUGUGAGACUGGACUGGAUGUUCAAGUCCUCCCUGCUCAUGGACCUGAUCAAGGGGAUGAAGUACCUCCAUCUACGAGGGCUGAGUCAUGGUCGGCUCAAGUCCACAAACUGUUUAGUGGAUGGACGCUUCGUUCUCAAAAUAACAGACUAUGGACUUCCCAUGAUCCUUCACUCUCAGAGCCUCAGCCUUCCUGAAGACCCUCAAGAGCUGCUGUGGACAGCUCCUGAGCUUUUGAGGAAUCCGGUUCGAGGAGGCUCGUUUGCUGGAGACGUCUUCAGUUUCUCCAUCAUCAUACAGGAAGUGAUCUCACGAUCGCUGCCAUACGCCAUGAUGGACAUGCCUGCCCACGAGAUUGUGGAGCGUCUGAAGCAGCCUCCUCCUGUCUGCAGACCACUGGUUUCGGUGGAUGAAGCUCCUGCUGAGUGUCUCAGUCUGAUGAAUGACGGUUGGAAUGAAGAUCCGAGUAAGAGGCCGAGCUUCGAUGACAUUUUCAAACAGUUUCGGGGCAUUAACAGAGGGAAGAGGGCGAACAUCAUCGACUCCAUGUUGCGGAUGUUGGAACAGUACAGUUCAAACCUGGAGGAUCUGAUCAGAGAGCGAACGGAUGAACUGGAGGUUGAGAGAAACAAGACCGAUAAGCUGAUCGGACAGCUCCUACCAAAGUCUGUGGCUCAGUCUCUGAAGAAAGGUAAACCAGUCCAACCUGAACAUUAUUCAGACUGCACACUUUACUUCAGUGAUAUCGUUGGAUUUACGACCAUUUCAGCUCUCAGUGAACCCAUUGAGGUUGUCGACCUGCUGAAUGACCUCUACACUAUGUUUGAUGCCAUCAUUGCGACUCAUGAUGUCUACAAGGUGGAAACUAUUGGAGACGCCUAUAUGGUGGCUUCAGGUAUUCCCAACAGAAAUGGGAAUCGACAUGCAGCUGAAGUGGCCAACAUGUCUCUGGACAUCCUGCACUCAAUAGGAGCUUUUAAGAUCAAACACAUGCCUGAGAUUAAAGUCAAAAUACGCAUCGGACUGCACUCUGGGCCAGUGGUAGCAGGUGUAGUCGGUCUCACGAUGCCCAGGUACUGUCUGUUUGGAGACACAGUGACCACAGCCUCUCACAUGGAAGCCAGCGGACUGCCCUACAGGAUCCACAUCAGUCUUAGUACAGUGAAGGUCCUGACCAGUCUCAAACUGGGAUACCACAUAGACACCAGAAAGGCCCAGGUGAAAGGUACGGUGGACACGUACUGGCUGAUGGGUCGAGAUGAUUUUGAUAAACCUCUUCCUGUUCCUCCAGACCUCAUUGGGGGGGCCAGUAACCAUGGUAUCAGUCUGGAUGAGAUUCCAAUAGAAAGAAGACAAAAGUUUCUGGACCGACAGAAGAAGAUGAAGAAAUGAUGUCAUCACACAGACAGACAGACAGACAGACAGACAGACGCAGUCACACACACAGCACAGUAACACACACACAUAUACACAUACACACACACACUACCUCGAGUAUUGGACUCUGCUUUGAAGGACAGUUUAUUAGCUUGUGAGACAUUUUCAGCCAAAACCUGAACGGAGACAUGUACACGGACUGAUUUCUACUUCCUGUUUGUAGAGCUGAAGGACACUCGGCUCUAAUUGAUUAAUCAUUUAUUGAUCCAGUCAAUCUCUGUGCCUCACAUGGGUCUGUGAUACAUUAAUACUCUCUGUAUACAGUAAUACUACCAUAACAUAGUAAAUGUAUGCAUUUACAUAUACAUUACUAACCAGAUAUAUAAUGUAGCAGUACAUAUACAAUAUUAUAUUAUAUAGAUUGUCAUGUUCUUUAGUGCAGUGCAUGCUGGGAAAGACUCCCUCUGUGAGACUGUUAAAGAAUUAAUCAAUGAGUAAAUUAAUAAAUUAAUGAAUACAUGA